AUGGCGGAUAAAAAUGAUUCCCCGCACAAUUGCCAGUCGUGUAAACGGACGGACUCCGCGGAAAGUGAGAUGGUCGAAUGCGAAGUUUGUCAACGGUGGGAGCACUUCGGAUGUGCCGGUGUCGGUGAGGAAAUCCGACAGCAGGAUGCCAGGUAUAUCUGUCGACGAUGCUCACAGCAAGGUAAACCAAACAAAGACGAUCGACUGAAGGUUCCCGCUGCUGAACCACAAACAUCUAAAGGUUCUAAGGCGAAUUCCCGGGUGAGUUCAAGAAGGACGAAAAAGAAUCCCGACCCUCCGGCAAAUGUGACAUCGAGCAUGCGAGCUGCUUUGCUGGCAGAACAGCUGAAGCUCGUCAAAGAACAACAUAAGCUGGACGAGCAAACCCUGCUAGAAGAAGGGGAAAUUAAAAAGCGAUUGUUGGAGGAGGAAUUAGAUUUAAAGCGGAAGCAACAGCAGCUACGGAAGGAAUCCCUCGAAAAGCGACAGAGCGACAAGUGGCGGAAGCUAGCAAUGCGAGCCGCUGGAAGAUCAGAUGGAGGUCGAUCAGUGCAAGCAAAUGAUCUUUGCGCGAAUCAGAUUUCCGGAGACCCGGCAGAGCAACCUACUUCCCCGCUACCAUUCUUACCGCGGAACUCCGAGCCGCAGAAUUUCCCAGUUCAUCCACUACCACCGGUGCAGAAUACCAACGGUUCCCGUUUACACGAAUUUCCACCGCGAUUUCCAAGCGGUACAGUACCAGUAAUCGGAUCACAUUCUUCAAGGCCAGCUCAAGUACCACAACCUGCACCGACUGCCCCCAUUUUCUCUGGUGCAACCCUGUUGCAAGCGCAAAUUGCUGCGAGACAGGUUUUGGGCAAGGAUUUACCCGUUUUCAGCGGGAGCCCCGAAGAGUGGCCCAUCUUCAUUAGUAACUUCGAGCAGUCUACGGCCACCUGCGGUUACUAG